AUGCAGAGUCUCUGUCUCAAACCACCCAACAUCUCCCCACCAGCAGAAACCAUAGCCAGCAACCAGGAUCUCCUAACACCGGUCCUUCUAUGCAUUCCAGCUCGUUCUCUACUUCGCUUCAAGUGCGUCUGCAAGAAUUGGUUCGCUCUCAUCUCCAACCGUAAAUUUUGUGACAUCCACACCUCCAAAAACCCGUACCCCAAUGUCUCAGCCUUCUUCUUUCACACGGCAAUACAUGAUUUCUACUUCAUAUCAAUUCCGAACAAUGAAAAUCAAUCUGGAUCCCUCUUGAAACCUCCCAGGAUCAUCGAACACCCACCACGCAUCAAGAUUUUGCAAUCCUGCAAUGGCCUGCUCUUGUGCUGUUCCUUACAAGAAAUUACGAACACAAGUAGUACCCCCAGAUGUUAUUUUGUUCUCAAUCCCACAACCAACAAAUUUUCAGCUAUCACUAAUUCACCAUAUGCCACUAAAUCCACAAGCAUUUUGGGGGAUGCUUUGGCUUUUGACCCUUCCAAAUCGCUUCAUUACAAGGUCCUCUGCAUUCGGUGCAUUGCUGGAUCUGUUAUAUCUUUCCAGAUAGAGAUUUAUUCGUCUGAGACUCGGAAUUGGACACUUCGUGAGUCCACCUUUCUUAGGCCAUUCCAUAUAGACUUUAGCCACGGGGUGUACUUCAAUGGCGCAAUCAAUUGGAUUAGCCAUACAAGUAGGGUGUUGCAUUAUAACAUAGACGAAGAAAGUCAUGGAAUGGUGUCUAGGCCUCCGAGUUACAAUGUUUUUCGCAAGAGGGAGUAUAGAUAUUUUGGAGAGUCUCGUGGCCAUUUGCACCUCAUCGAAAUUUAUAGGCCUUGUGUUACUCAAUUUGACGUGAUGGAGAUGGGGGGGGACUACUCUGGCUGGUUUGUCAUGUACCACGUUGAUCUUGAUCCAAUAGCCGCCGCAUUUCCUGAGAUGGUCCCGGAACAUAAUAUUGUUGACCCUAGCAAGGAGGAAACUUGGUAUUAUGCAUUUGUUGUUCUCUUUCUUGCUAGAGAAGUAAACAAAGAGGGUUCAUCUCUGCUGUUGCAUAUUCCUUGUAAGGUCAUCUCUUAUAAUCUGAGGGAUAAGAGCUUUGAGAAAGCUUAUGAGUUAACUUCCAAAGGCACUGAGAGUAAGAGAUCAUUGCAAGUUGGAUGGCGAGAUGCUUACCAUUAUAUGGAGACUUUGGCUUGUGUGUGA